GCGUGAUAUAACGUUGGAUCGGCAUCUCUCAAAACAAACAUGUGUUAGUUAUUGUCUUGUGAUUUCAAGUGGAAUUAGUGUUUCAGGCUUGUUAGAAUUUAUGAGAAAUUAAGGGAAAACAUCUAGGAAGUUCAGAAAUAAUUGGUUUGUGUUGUGAAACGUACUAAUAUGCUUUAUUAGUCUGUUUAUUUUCAAAAUGUGGGUGUUUUGAUUUGCAGUUGCAAGUUUUGUGUGCAGACUUAUAGUGGAUUUCAACGAGUAUAUGCUAACUUGUGCUUCGAAACCGAAUUAAAGUGAGUGUGACUUGUUAAUGCCAAUAUAUCUCUACAACUGAAAGGAUUCACUUUAUAAUGAACAGAAUGGCCGAUGAUGAAAUCCUGUUUGAUGAUGUGUAUGAAUUGCGGGAAAUUAUUGGAAAGGGCCCUUUCAGCAUGGUGCGACGAUGCGUUCACAGGACCACAGGUCAGCAGUUCGCGGUGAAAAUAGUAGACGUAGCCAAGUUCACCUCCUGUCCAGGUCUCAGCACGGAAGAUUUGAAGCGGGAAGCGACCAUCUGCCAUGUUUUAAAGCAUCCUCACAUUGUAGAGCUCCUGGAGACGUACAGCUCUGACGGCAUGCUCUACAUGGUUUUCGAAUACAUGGAAGGUUCUGAUUUGUGCUUUGAAAUUGUGAAACGAGCCUCGCUAGGUUUCGUCUACAGCGAAGCCGUUGCCAGCCACUACAUGCGCCAAGUGCUGGAAGCUGUCCGCUACUGCCACGAGAACGACAUCAUCCACCGUGACAUCAAGCCCCAGUGCAUCCUGCUGGCAACCGUCGAGAACUCUGCCCCAGUCAAACUCGGAGGGUUCGGAUCCGCCAUCAAGGUCAAAGGGGACAAGAAUGUCUCUGGAGAAGUGUAUGACUAUCGAUCUGGCAUUGGCACGAAUGGCAGAUUUUACUUGAAAUGCGAUGAGCAUGGUCGAAUCGGUACUUCCCACUUCAUGGCUCCGGAGAUCGUUUUGAGAAGGCCGUACGGAAAGCCGGCUGACGUCUGGAGUUGUGGCGUCCUCCUCUACGUUCUGCUGACAGGGACACAGCCCUUCCUGGGGACAAAGGAGUGGCUUUACGAGUCCAUAUGUAGUGGACAUGUUAACAUGUCUGGCCGUCCUUGGGAUAUCAUUAGCAACCAGGCUAAGGAUUUAUUGAAUAAAAUGCUGGCUCUCAGCCCUAAAGACCGAAUUACGGUUGAAGAAGCCUUGAAUCACCCUUGGAUUAAGGAAAGAGAGCUUUGCGCUCCCAAAAUCCACCUUCAAGAUACUGUGGACGAGCUGAAAAAAUUCAAUGCGAGGCGGAAAUUGAAGGGCGCUGUUAUAGCGGCUGUGUCCAGUCCCAAGUGGACCAAUUAUUACAAUGAUCCUAAUGUAGACAGAGGCCCUGAUUUUGAUUUAGAAGAAGUCACAUCUGCAGGAGCAGUGUCCCUCAUAUUGGACAGCCUGGACGAUAUCCACUGCUUGACCGAAUGUCCUGAGCAUGAGCGGGAAUUUCUCAUGUCGGUGCUGGACGACACACAACUGCACGCACUGCUAGAUAUACGGAUGCUCUCCAAGCUUCUAAACAUCCGUCUUCAAAAAACCAACAAGAGUAGUCUUCACAAAACUUUCUCGUAUAUUCUCUAAUAAAGAUGCUAUUCCAGAGAACGUCUUGCAUGGCCAUGGC